CGCCCGUGUUUUGCCAUCACAAACAGAAACAAAGCUAACAGUGAAGUUUGCAACCCUGCUUCUUUGAGACGUAUUUGUUCGAAACAGAAGUGUCAUUAUUACAUCUUACGAUAGAGAAAUAACAUGUCUAUCUUGCAUUUUUGUUAGAUUUGGACUUUUUCGCCGCUGUCUUCGUUUUAUGGCUCUGUGUAACUGAAUGAGGAGCAGCCGUCUGUCUGUGUUGUUUCAGAAGUGCUGCUGCAGCCAGGAUGGGCCAGCAGCUCUCAGGUCAGGGGGUGAUGACCCGUCUGCCUGAGAAGCUGGUGAAACAUGCUGGACUUGUACGUGACAGCGGCUACCUAACGUACGAGGAGUUUCUGGCAAGAGUUUCUGAACUUAACGACGUUACGGCCAAGUUAGCGUCUGGGCAGCAGAAGCACCUUCUGUUUGAGGUGCAGCCAGGAUCCGAUGCCACAGCCCUGUGGAAAGUGGCUGUUAGGGUCCUCUGUACCAAGAUCAACAAAGAGAAUGGUAUGGUGGAAGCAUCACGCAUCAUGAACCUGUACCAGUUUAUCCAGCUGUACCGUGAUGUCACCAGCCAGGCUGCUGAGGUGCUGUCUGCAGAGGGCGCCACCGAGGGCCCCUCUGCCCAGCUCCCCUCCACAGAGUCCUGCCAGGCCAGCAUGUGGAUGGGCAGAGUGAAGCAGCUGACUGAUAAGGAGGAGUGCUGCAUCUGCAUGGAUGGAAACGCCGACCUUAUUCUGCCCUGCGCACAUAGCUUCUGUCAGAAGUGCAUCGAUAAAUGGAGCGGGCAGUGCCGCAACUGUCCAAUAUGUCGCCUGCAAGUUACCGCUGCCAAUGAAUCAUGGGUAAUGCCUGAUUUCCCCACAGAGGACGACAUGGCUGGAUACAUCCUCAACUUGGCGGACGAGGCGGGCCACCCACACAGGCCUUAACACACAACACACUGAGCAAGUUAAAAAAAUAAGGGAAAUUGAACCACACCAAGUAGACUGUACCUGUUGAAACGCAAAAUUUCACUUUUCACUGUAGAGGAGAUUGUGUUAGUGUUUUCCUGGAAAGCUAACAAGGGCAGAGGAACCUUGCUGUGUUUCCAGCUUCUUAAGAUUUUUAGUGACAGGAUCAGAAAAUGAAACGUUAUCUCUUUUAAAU